AAAAAGAAAAUCUAAAUAAAAAAUAUUUAUAACAAACUUUUAAUUCCCCACAUCACAUUUCAAUUUUCAACACGCAUCACAAGCGAGCGGUACCUAAACUUACAUUGCUCGGUGGGUAUCGGUACAUGAGUGCUAGCAGUGAUUUUUCAUUACGGAAUUUGUUUUAUAUUUUCUAGUUUUUCUAUCAAAAAAUUAUAUUUGGAAAAAAUUUUAGUUUUUAUCGUGUUUUUACUAAAUUACAAGAAAACAUUUACAUGCUAACGAAAAUCGUAAGAAAUUAAGUGCAGAUUAAAGAAGUUUUGAAAAAAUCUAAAAAGUUCGACUAAUUACUGUUUUUUAAUUUAAUUUUGAGAAAAUACCUGUCUAUAUGCAUAGUGUGAAAGUGACAAGUUCAAGUUUAGAAGUGGUGACGGUGACGGCGACGCGGCACAGCUCGGGGACACGGUCGGUGGUGGUGCAUCAGUUAAAAUAAUUUUGCUACAGGAAAUGCAUUCGAAGUGAAGCGAAUUACGUGCAAAAAAAACAACACCUACUAUACUACAUAUGUACAUAACUACUCAAGUGUGAUAUACAUUGUUUUUUGAAAUCUAAUUAAUAUUCUAAUUAGAUUAUCACACAUCGCAAUCAGCUACACCAACAACACAUCACAUCACGUCACGUCUCAUCAAAUCAGCAGCGCACGGUGCCGCCAAUCCUGUUGAUUUUCAGGUGCAAAAAUCUAUGUUCCUAUAAAUGUCAAUCAAAAAGUGCAAGAGAAAAUAAGUGCAUUAGAUCCGUGCAUCCGUCAAAACAAACAAAAAAAGAAGAGUAGAAACCCAUAAAAUGCAUGGCGUCAAACGGGUCAUAGUUUUCUGCAUUCUCAUCGUCAUCCUUCCCACAAUUCUCAUUAUAAUUCCCCUCUAUCUAAGAAAAUCAGUGUUUGCCGAUGUCAAAUAUCCAGUUGCUGAAUCGGAUAUCAUAGAAAUUCGUGAUGGAAUAUCAUCGAUCUUCUGCCAAAAGCACACACUUCGCAUGGAUACGCAUUUCAAUGCCUUCCAGUUGCACAGUAAACCAGAGAUUUCAACAAAUCGAAAACAUAUUCGUUUGAAAAAGUCCAUGACUUUGCCCGAUGACACCCUCGAGUAUUGGGGCUUCUAUUUGCUGAAAGGGGCUAAAGUCUAUUUGAGAUUUUGUUCACGAUACGAUGGAUCAAGAAUUCUAGUGGUGAGAGGUGAGAAAAUGCUGAAGACUUGUGGAGUCAUGGAACACAAUAAGAACAAAGUUGGUACUAAUUUGGCUCAUGGUCACGAACAGGUGAGAGUAUUUUUCGAAGACACCCUGGAAAUUCGAAAUAUCUCUCAUCCGAGUUUAGAAGAUCUGGAAAAUCAUGGAGGUGAGAUACUUGAUGAUGAUGUUGUACAAACUUCCACCACCACCACUACAACACCUGCUCCGGCGAUAUCGUCAAGAUCGAGGAGCAGACAGUUGAAAAAACCAACAAGAAAUAAGACUGAUGAAAUUCCUGAUACCGAAUCUGUGGAGCAGAUCACAAGGUCUCCACGUUCGCGACGUCAUCACGAAGAAGAAUUCAAGAAACGCCAUCAAACCGAGUACGAUCGGAAGAAGCAGGAAGUCUACGAUCAGUUGUACAAACACCGGGAGAAACGAGAUCAUGUCUAUGAUCGAAAGUACAUCCAUGGAGGAAAUGCCCUCAAUUUUAGCGAAAAUGAGUCGAAUUCGAUAUCGAGUUUCGAAAAUAGUUUGUUCGAAUGUUACAAUGGAAAUAUUCUCCUCGCUGAGGGUUUCCCACCAUCGGCCAUGUGUUCCAGCGUUCACUUUCUCGAGACCGGUUCACAUCGAAUGAUGUCGAAACAUGAAAUCACUGAAGAUGGCUACUACUAUUAUAUUUUCUACAGUGACAAUGAUUUAGUUCGAAAUGACAUUCAUGCGAUUUUUGACAUUUACAAACCAACUUUCCAGUACUCAAAUUCAACUGAUAAUUCCAAUGGAUGUGUGAAUAGUACGAAUUGUACAUUUCCAAUAACUUUUCUGUCAAAUGAAAUUGUUGUAGUAGAGGUACCAACACGUGACGGUAUCGAACAUGAAGAAGAUGACAUUACCAUUUUGACCUCAACCUGUCAUCCGAGAAUGGAGAUUUAUGCAAUAUUUCCAAUUGCGGUAUUGGUAUUAAUUUUGAGUUGUUCAUUUUUAUAGUAAGAAAAAGUUACUUUACCUAUAAAGAGUUGUUAUAUCAAAAAUUAAGACUUGUUGAAAGAUAGCUACAUACAUAAUAGAUAGAAACAAAAACAAUAAUUCAUACCUUAUAUAUUUGUGAGACAAAUCAACCUGAUGGGGAAGUACAGAAAAGAUUAUUUUUUUAUAUCCAAAAGUUAUUGAGGGAAUGAAAAAUUUUAUUAUUGUGAGAAAUAUAAGUUAUAUGAUAAAUUAAGAGGUGAAUACUUGAACUCCUUUUUAACAGUUUGACAUUUAAAAGAGAUUUUUUUUAAACCACACAAAAAUACCUGACGUACUUGUCAUUUGACUUAUGUCAUUUUUGAUUGAACUCUUGGAUAUUUCAACCAUCUCAAUAUAAAUGUGUAUGCCAAACAGAGUUAAGCCUUUUUAUACUUCUUAUGAAAUAUUUCUGUGAUUUUCAUUGAAGCCUACUCCUAAAAAGUGUUAGAUUAUUUUUCUUGCAAAAAAAUUGGCAGAACUUUGGACUUAAAACAACAGAAAAGAAGUAGAAGUCUGAAGUAAGGUAUUUAUUGUAUUAUUUUUGACAAAUAACUAAAAAUAAUAAACAACAUUUUGUAGGCCUGCAAAUUACAUAGGCACAAACAGUUUUAAGUGUUUUAAAUAUAUGUCUACUUUCCUUGUGUAAUGAUGCCACAUUAAGACAUUGACCGUGACAGUGACUCAUACACAUCUGUCAAACAUGUAAAUAUUCAAGUAGGCCAAAACAAAUGUCAAAAUGAGUUGACGGGAGGCAAUCUAUGAACUUUAGAUAAAUUUUAAAAUAAAUAUAAAUCUUAAGCUCAGUGAUUCUUUGUGCUGAUUUAUGUAGACGUAGCCUUAAAAUUAAUGACAAAUUAUGUCAGAAAAAUAAAUUGUGUUCUGAUAAAUCGAGAAAAUGGAAUGUCAUAGAAUAAAUCUACAUGACCGCGUUUACUCUUUUUAAAACCUUAACACCUCAAAUUAGUCGGAAGGUCUAUUUAAAUGAAACUGAGUCAAAAGUUUAAAAUAUCGAGACGUCAAAACUAGUUGCCUUUCAAAAGAGUUUAGUGUGAAUACUAUUCCUAACAAUAUUUUUUUCAAAAAUCUUGUUUGUUAACAAUUAAAAGUUAUUAAAGAAGGACGCAAUAAUAUCUUAAUUUUGAAACUUGUUAAUUUUAAGGCUUCGUACACUUAAAAAGGGUGAUAUUUUUACAAGGCCGAUGUUGGUUUUAAAUAAAUUAAAAAUUAAUUAGGAUAUGUUGGUAAUUUCUUUUUAUUAUGACAAUAUUAUUAUGAAUCAAUUAUGUUGGGAACGAAAUACCGGCCUAAUGGACGCCACUACCACAGCACCCUCCUUUCCGAUAGUCUCACUUUUUGAUGAUUCUGAGGCAUAAUUGAGGGUCUAUGUCGUUAAUAUGGAGAGUUAUCUCAUCCUUUAGCUCUUGCACUGUUGCUCGCUAAUCGACAUUAACCUUAUCUUUCAAAUAACCUCAAAGAAAGAAGCCCAACAGCGUCAGAUCACAUUAUCUUGGCAGCUUAUUGGCAUCGCCACCACUGGACAUAAAACGGCCAUUGAAUUUGUAACGCAAAAGAGCCAAUGUUUCGUUAGCUGUGUGGCCCAAAUGCUGCAAUUCUGCCACAAGAAUCCACUGAGAUGAAGAUGCUCUUCUUCGCUGACGAUGACACAAUUCUGACCAUUAACGACGCUUGAAAUGGUCAAGGGGCUCUUGAGUUCUUGAGUUAAUUGCAGUUUGUUAGCGUUUAAAUGCAAGUCUUAAUGCUUUAUGUUCAUCAACUACGUGCGUGAGACAUGCAAUUGUCGGCCUCGACAACCAGUUGAGGUUGAAGACUAUUCAGCCACACUAUCGCUAACAGCAUCAAUAUUUUCUGUAAUGCAAGCUGUACGUUUUUAAAUCCGCACUGGUGUUUUCAAAUAUCCUACAGACCCGGUUUACUCAAAUGUUUGCACGAUUUUUUUAAUUGCACGCACAUUUGAAGGAUUAAAUUGGCCAAACAAAUCACGAAAUGCACGAUUCAAUUUUUAAUUUAAAAGCCUUUUUUCCUGACAUUAACAAUUAACAUCUUCCUCCAUAAUGUAUCAUUACUUACUUACUUUUCUUUAGUUGGCGCUACAGCGCAUUGUGCUCCUGGGCCUCAAGUAAUAACUUUCGCCAGCUUACUAGAUCUCUAGCUUGCUGGCUACAGUUUCGAAUACCAAAUUGACGUGCGUCGACCUCAACUUGAUCACUCCACUGGAGAUGAGGCCUGCCCCUGCAUCUUGACAUGCCCUAGCCAUCUUAAGCGUUGUACACGCAGUUUUUUGACCAGUGGCAAGUCGCUGUACAGCUCGUAUAACUCCCGAUUAAAUCUUCUCCGCCAAUGUUACUUUGCCUGUCGACUCAAACCGGACCAUAGAUCGUACUCAGAACUUUCCUCUUGAAGAUGCCAAGAGAUCCUUCAUCCACCUGGGAGAGUGUCCAUACUUCUGCACCAUACAGCAAGACUGGGAUGAUUAAAGUUUUGUACAGUGUCUCUUUGGUACUUCGCGAUAGGGCCUUAUUCCUCAACUGCUUACUUAGGCUAAAGAAACAGCGAUUAGCAAGCGUAAUUCUGCGUUUGAUCUCCGCGCUGAUGUCAUUUGCAGAACAAUAAACAAAUUCGUUUACCCCCUCGAAGUUGUACCUGUCAAUUGUCACAUUUGGACAAAAGUCUACGGCGUGAAGCGAUUCUAUUUGACGACAGUAAAUACUUCGUUUUGUCCUCGUUAAUGUCAAGACCCAUUUUCUUCGCCUCAGAUUCGAAAUUCGUGAAAGUACCCGUCACUGCUCGUUUGGUUCUUCCCAUAAUGUCGAUGUGAUCUGCAUAUCCAAGAUAUUGUGUGGAUUUUUGAAAGAUGGUGCCACUUGUAUUGACGUUGGUGUUGCGCACCACUCUUUCAAGAACAAUAUUGAAGAAGCUUCCUGACAGCGCAUAGCCUUGUCGAAUUCCUCUAGUCUC